CCAGAAAAAUACUUCGAAAAAUGUAGAACCAAAUUUUUAAUGGGUCAUACGAAAACCGUUCGAACUGUGGCCUGGAACUGCGACGGAAGAAAACUUGCCAGUGGAUCUGUCGAUAAGACCGUACGUCUUUGGGAAGCCGAUCAGGAAGAUAUAAAAUAUUCUGUAAAACUACUUGGUCAUGACGAAAGUGUCGAUCAAUUGUGCUGGAAUCCGAAAUCUCCAUACGAAUUAGCCACUGCGUCUACUGAUAAAACCGUUAGAUUUUGGGAUACGAGAGACGCCAAAAGGUGUACACAUAUCGUUUCAACUGAUGGUGAAAAUAUAAAUAUUAGUUGGAGCUGGAAUGGUGAAAUGGUCGCCGUAGGUGAUAAGGACGAUAAGAUAUCAUUUAUUGAUCCAAGAAAAUUACCUGAGCCAGCUAUCGUAAAUACAUAUGCGGAGGUUGAUGAUAUCAGAGACGAGAUCAAUGAAAUAAGCUGGAAUCAUGAUUGUUCAAUGUUCUUUUUAACAACUGGCUCUGGCGCAAUUAAGAUACUUGAAUGGCCAUCCUUAGAUCCUGUACAAGUUUUAAGGGGACAUACUGCUAAUUGCUAUUGCAUAGAUUUUGAUCCUAAGCAACGAUAUGUUGCGGCAGGUGGUGCAGACGCCACUGUGACUUUAUGGGACAUACAAAACGGGGUUUGUCUAAGAACAUUUAAAGAACUACAAUAUCCCGUAAGAACCAUAAGUUUUACACAUGAUGGUGUUUAUCUAGCAGCCGCUUCUGAGGAUGAACAUAUCAUCGUGUCAAAUGUACAGUCUGGUAAGACGGUAUUUAAAAUCAAGACUAAGGCUGCUACUAAUUCUGUCGCUUGGCAUCCGAAGGGGUAUCUGUUAGCAUUUGCGGGUGAUGAAGAAACACCCAUUGAAAAGCAAUAUGUCGGGUUGAAAGUAUUUGGGUUCAACGAUUAA